CAUCAGCACCCCAGUCUGAUGAAGGCUCUGAUAUCGAUUCUGAACCAGAUUUACCUUUAAAAAGAAAGCAGCGUCGUAGCAGGACAACUUUCACAGCUGAGCAACUGGAAGAGCUGGAAAGAGCUUUUGAGAGGACACACUACCCUGAUAUUUAUACCCGGGAAGAACUUGCACAAAGAGCCAAACUCACGGAAGCUCGUGUCCAGGUCUGGUUUAGCAACCGUCGCGCUAGAUGGAGGAAACAGGCAGGAGCCAAUCAACUGAUGGCUUUCAACCAUCUGAUCCCAGGAGGAUUUCCACCCAGUGCCAUGCCAACUUUGCCGACGUACCAGCUCUCUGAGCCCUCUUAUCAACCCACCUCCAUACCGCAAGCCGUGUCUGAUCCAAGCAGUACGGUCCAUAGACCUCAGCCUCUCCCUCCAAGCACUGUACACCAAAGCAGCCUCCCUUCGAAUCCAGAGAGCAGCUCUGCCUAUUGCCUACCCAGCACCAGGCAUGGAUUUUCCAGCUAUACAGACAGCUUUGUGCCUCCGUCCGGGCCCUCAAAUCCCAUGAACCCUGCCAUUGGCAAUGGCCUUUCACCUCAGAAACCUGUGGGACUUCAGCAAAACGGCGAUUGUGCUUUAUGCCUGAACGAAGAGCCUCAGACGUCGGUCACGUACGUGCGACGUUACUGUGUGCGAAGUGCCCCUUACUCGUGGGGUGUGUCCCAGUGCAUCCCUUCAUCACGCUUCCUCAGGGCUCUCCCUGACGGCGCCCAGGUGGCUGGCAAGUCGAGAGCCAGUUCUGUGUUGGUGAUUUCAUGA